UGACCGGAAGCACCUCGCGAAGAUCACAUGAUUCCUAACCUGGUACCUGUUGUGUGCAGCUCCCGGCUUCUCUGCGCCGCCAGAAGUGCCUCGGGAGUGGGCUCUGGCCACGUAUUUUAUCUGGGCUGACGGUAACUACGUCCUGCAGACUCGAGGGAGUAGGAAAGACUUCCGAUCGGAGAGCGAGUGGGCUGACCCAGUGCUUUCCUUGGGCCCCUUCGAAGUCUGAUGAGGCCGCCGUGAUCUCCUGCGCUGGGCCAGGCUUUGACAGCCGGUGGUUGCUGACCCCACCAUGGCGUCUACGGACACCUGGCAGCAGCCUUCAGAUUCAGAGAGAGAGGAACUUCUUCCUAGAAAAUCCCGUGAACCAGGGGCUCAGUCUGUCCACUGGAGAAACCUGGUCGGUUUUUGGCUCCUCGGUCUGUGCAACAAUUUUUCGUAUGUGGUGAUGCUCAGUGCUGCACAUGACAUCCUCAGGAACCAGAGGGCACCUGAAAAUAACAGCCAUGUGGAUCCAGAGCCAACACUCACUCCUCAUAACAGCACAUCUCGAUAUGAUUGCAACCCUGUGUCUACAGCUGCUGUCCUCCUGGCUGACAUUCUGCCUACAUUCAUUAUCAAGAUACUUGCUCCUCUCGGCCUUCACUUGCUUCCCUACAGCCCUCGAAUUAUCCUUUGUGGGGCCUGUGCUGCUGGUAGCUUCCUUAUGGUUGCCUUUUCCCAGGAAGUUAUGACCAGCCUAAGUGGUGUGGUCCUGGCCAGUAUUUCCUGUGGGCUGGGGGAGAUAACCUUUAUCGCCCUUACUGCCUUUUACCCCAGUGAGGUGGUUUCCUGGUGGUCCUCAGGCACUGGUGGAGCAGGGGUACUGGGGGCCCUCUCCUACCUGGGUCUGACCCUGGUUGGUCUUUCCCCUGAAAACACACUAAUCUCUAUGCUGGGCAUCCCUGUUCUGCUACUGGCCACUUACUUUCUGCUGCUCAAGUCCCCAGAUUCAUUGGCUUCCCAAAGAGAUGGGAUGCUUGAGACCUCAGCUCAGCGUCCCCUCAUAGCAGGAGAGAGCUCAAAGCCUCACUCCAACUUCAAUGUGAGCCUCUCUUUCAGUGACAGGUGGAAUAUCUUUAAGGGUCUCCUGAAAUACAUUGUCCCCUUGGCUCUGGUUUAUUUUGCUGAGUAUUUUAUCAACCAGGGGCUGUUUGAGCUGCUUUUCUUCAGAAACACGUCUCUGACCCAUGCCCAGCAGUACCGAUGGUACCAGAUGCUGUACCAGGUCGGAGUCUUUGUCUCCCGUUCCUCUCUUCAGUGCUGCCCCUUCCGUUUCAUUUGGCUAUUGGCAGUGCUUCAGUUCCUGAAUCUAGGCUUCCUGAUGGUCGAAGUGUGGUUCAGUUUCCUUCCCAGCAUCUACCUUAUUUUCGUGAUCAUUUUGUAUGAGGGUUUCUUGGGUGGAGCUGCCUAUGUAAAUACCUUCUACCAUGUUGCAGUUGAGACCCAGGAUGAGCACCGAGAAUUUGCCAUGGCAACUGCCUGCAUAGCAGAUACCUUGGGGAUCUCUUUGUCAGGGGCCUUGGCCUUGCCUCUGCAUGAUUUCCUGUGCCAGCGCCAUUAACAUUUGACCCAUCUUGGAGCCCUUCCUAUAGCUUGGGAACAGAAUAAGCUAGAGGAUAUACUCCCUUGUGAGUUUUGUAGAACCUUCCCCUGGAUUUGGGUGCAAGAGAGACUUAAUGAAUGUGCUUGUUACAAUGGGACCAAGUAGAUAGUUGGAGGCCCUGGAAGAAUGUCCAGGAAGAUCCAUAUAAUUUAUCUUCUACCGCCAAACUGAGCUUUUGACAUCAGACUGCUGAUCGAUCAAGUGCUGAAAGUUGAAAUUCAUGUUCUCCCAUUAACAACAUAUUUUAUCAAAUAGCUCUGUGUCCAGUUUCUGCAAAAGAAAUGUAGAUGUGCACGAAGCACAACAAGGGUCAGCAGAUAUAUUUGGGCCUUAAAAGGGAUAUUUGAGGUUCUAGGGGAACCAAUGAGGGUUAGUCUACCAUCUAAAAGCUGAUGUGGUAGGUACGCCUUUGGGGUGAGGCUUCCACAGCAAGGACUCAAAAUAAUCUUUCCUUCCCAAUGAAUAGUUACGAACUUAUUUUUGCUUCGUUACAGUAUCUAAUGGUUCCUAGGUACCAUGUGGCUGUGGGUUAUCAAACAACACCCCUCUACCCCCAGUUUCUCUCCUACUUCUCUCCUUAUUCUUCCUUCUCUACAAUUAACACUACAGGAAUAGUCCUAUAGACAUUAUUAUACCUCCCUAAUAAGAUACAUUAAAGUGCUCAUUAAAACUAUCUAAGAUGUCAUUUUGUACUGUUUCCUUUGGGAAAAAAACUAUAAGCACUUUUAAUAAAAAUAAAUGUAUUUUGUA